CAAGACAGCGUAAGCACAAGCCGUUGCACUUGUUGCUUUGUAAAGGCAUGGCGUUGGCUCUGUUGGCCUUUGCGGCCGUGCCGGCUGCUGCCUACGAGUUCGUUGCUGGAACCGCAACUGGAGAUGAGGUGAGAUCCGGGGGCAAGGUGACCAUGGGCGGCAAGCUGGGCGGCUAUGGAUCUUUGCUUCAGGCCAGCAACUCCGGCUUCGGAGAGACUACGCUGAUACUGGAGUGCUGUGGAGAAGCAGCCUCUUUGGCUGGUGAUGCCGCCAACGGCAUCAAUCUCAAUGAGUUCAGCGCGGACGACCUUGAGGCACAGAUUUUGGCGAAGUACGGCCAAAAGAACAUGUGCACUAAGGCAAGUGCAGAUGCUGUGGCCGAAGUAGGGUGCAACUAUGCUUACUCUUUCAAGAACAAGAAUUGGGCGGACGUGGCCUAUGCCGCCCUCUGCGUGCCCAGCGAUGUUUGCUCCAUUGACGUGGUGGGCAUGACCAAAGGCACCAAGAUUGGCUACAGCGUGGUGGAGCAAAUCCUGAACUCGAAUGCAGGUGACCUCAUGUACGCCGGCUACGGGCCGAUCGGCAACUGCCUGGAUGGCAUGAAUGCCGUGAACGUUGGAAAGACUUCCAAGUUUGUGAAGCAGGUGCCAAGCUACCUGGAGCUGGUUCCUGGAGUCAAGAUCCCUACCGGCAAGAAUAAGGGGCGUGGUGGAGAUGCUGGGCACUUGUGAGCCCACGUCCGACAAUGGCAUGCUCUAUGUUUACACGAACAAGUUCUGGCAUGACGACAAGGGGGUGGUGGACAUUGCGAAGUUUUUGGAUGAGAAAGCCAAGCAGGAGAAGAUGCAGCAGAUUGAAGAGGAGAAGAAAGAAAUUGAGGACCAGAUCGAGUCUGCCGAGGACAAAGCGACAGAGUUGGGCCUCAUCCAGGAGGAGCCAGCGACAAAGCCCGCAGCGAAACCUGCUGCGGCCCCCUGCGCCUCCGGCGGCUGCAGCGCCCCCUGCCCCUCCGGCGGCUGCGGCGCCUCCGGCACCUCCGGCAGCCGCGGCGCCUCCAGCACCUCCGGCGGCCGCGGCGCCUCCGGCACCUGCAGCAACAGAGCCGGCGGUGACUUUGGACCCUAUGGAAAAGUUUGAAGAGAUUGCCAACACUGCUUCUAAGGCCAAGGAGGCGGCGGAGGAGGCAGAGGAGGCCCAUGUGGACCCAGCGACUGCUGCAGCAAAGGUUCUGGGUGCCGCCCUUGACAAGGCCGAGGAGACCAAGGCCGAGGAAGUGACGGCACCAGCGGAGCUGGCAAAGCCGUCUGCCACAAUCGACGCCCUUGCUGCUGGUGUGAAGGAGUUGGCUGCGGCAGCCCCCGCCGAGCUGGCAAAGCCGUCUGCCACACUCGACGCCGUUGCUGCUGGUGUGAAAGACUCGGCCGCGGCCAUUGCAGGCAGCCGCUGAGAAGACUGCGGCGGACUUGGCGGCAAGCCAGGAGGCAGCCCAGAAGGCAGCAGAAGAGGCCGCCCAGAAGCUGCAAGAGCAGACCGAGCAGGCCGCGGCAGAUGCCAAGGAGGCUGCCGACAAGCUGGCUGCGCAGACCCAGGCAGCUGCUGACAAGCUUGCUGCGCAGACCAAGGCAGCUCUCAAGGAAACUGCCAACAAGCUGACUGCGCAGACCCAGGCAGCACAAGAGGCGGCAGAGCAGCACGUGGGCACUGUGGCGAAGGCCACCGAGGAGCAGGCAGCUGCGGUGAAGAAGGCUGCCGAGACGCAUGCGGCAGCCAUUCAGCAGGCUGCAGAGGACCACUCUGCCGCCCUGAAGGAUGCCAUAGCGACUGGCGUCGCGUCGACUGAGGAGUCGCCAGCGGUGGCAAAGAAGGCCGCUGCCGCUGUGGGCAUUGAGUCCCGCCGCCUAACAUUGUUGAUUUAAGUUGUCAAUUAGAAGUUUGGGCAAAGCCGCCAACAUGACUCUUUUGGCCUGCCGAUCAAAUGACGACUGGCCCAAAUGAAUGCCGCAGAGGCAGCGACUGCCCUGCCGCGUUUGUUUGCCUUGACUGCUGGGACUGUGCUAGU